AUGAACACUAUUGAUUCUAAAAGAUCCAAUGCUAGUAUCGUACCCAUAUCACAGGAUCAAUACGAUUAUUUAACUAAAAUCAUUAUCAUUGGCUCUUCAGGGACAGGGAAAUCAUGUAUUCUACAUCGAUUUAUUAAAAAUGAUUUUAAUAUAAAUUCAUCACAAACUAUUGGCGUGGAAUUUAGUUCAAAAUUGAUUGAGUUAGUUGAUGAUGAAUUGGUUGUUAAAUUACAACUAUGGGAUACUGCUGGUCAAGAAAGAUUUAGAUCUUUAACAAGAAGUUAUUAUCGUGGUAGUGCUGGUGUUAUAUUAUGUUAUGAUUUAUCAAAUAAACAAUCAUUAUUGGAAUUAGAUGAAUAUUUGAUGGAUGUUCAAGCAUUAACUAAUAAUCCUUCAAUUAUAAUAGUUGGGAAUAAAUUAGAUUUACCAUCAGAAGAACAACAAGUUGAUGAAUUUGAUGUUUUGGAAUUAAUUAAUAAAUAUGAAUUUCAAUUUAAUAAAAAAAUUAAUCAUUUUAAAAUUUCUGCCAAAACAGGUGAUGGUAUAAAUGAAAUAUUUCAAAAUUUAACUCACUCAAUAAUAACAAAAUUAAAAAUUGGUGAAAUUGAUCCAAAUAAUCAAAAUUUUGGUAUUCAAUUUGGUAAUAAAACUUAUGAUAAUUUUACAAUAAAUAGUACACAAUUUAAUACAAUAAAUAAGUCAUCAAUCCCAUCCAGAAUCAUAAGAAGAAAAGCAACAACCCUAAGUUUAAUAGAUCGAUCAUUAGAUGAUAAAAAUAAAUGUUGGUGUUAA